UCCAGUCUCCUUAGAGCACAAGCAACCACCCUAUAGUCAACAUGGCAUUCUUUAAGGUAAUGCUUGUCCUUCUUCCCCUUUCUUUUGGCCUUCAAACCCAGCCGACCUUCAGCCACAGUCGAACCCGUCACUUGGAGGAUGAAACAACGCAUCGCUCUCGUUUCGACGAAAAACCAUUGAUCGUGGACAGUGAAAGGCGUAUGACCACCACCUUUGACGCCAAGAUUCGAUCAAAAGCCGUGGGAUCUGAAAGCUUGGAACGGACUGAGAAGGAAUUGGAAAACCUGUUCCGAAGCAAUUCCGAAAUGAUAACUAACCGAAGAGGAGUGCCCCAACACGCCCGUUGGGAGGAUUCAUUACGUCAAGAGGCUGUGAACUCGGAUUUGAGGCGUGAGGAACGGCUAGUCCGAGAAAAGGUAUUGCGGAAUGAUGUCAAUCGAGGUCGCUCACAUGAAGAUCGUGCUGAUGCCAGACAAAAACGAGACUCGAGACGACAAAACGUUCAGGAAAAUGUCCGUCGAGAAAGCAUGGAUACUCGAUCCGAAGGGAGACACGACGAAAACCGUAAGAGAAUCGAUGAUGAAUCGAGACAAGGUCGACGCCAAGAUCGAAACUUUGAGCCUGACUCUGAGGCUGACCAGCUCGAAUUUCAAGCUAUACAAAGCCGUAGAGUGGGUCAUCGCCGAGAUGCCCAAACUGAUCAAACUCGAUUUAGCGUGCGGGAUUCCACCACAGAUCCACGAGAAUCCGAGGAUGACCGUCAAAUUGCUCAGGAAGAUCGACGGGAAGCUCGAAACGACCAUCGAGAGGCACGGCGAGAAGUGCAAGGCAAUCAGCGGAACUCUUUGGAGACUAGGCCUAAAACUUUGGAAGAUCAGAGAGAAACCCGGCAAAAUAGACGGCAAGAGGAUCAGAAAAACCGGCGAGAGUCUCGAGAUUCAAAUAGAGUCACAGCAGACGAUCGCCAAAGUGAUCGGGAAACUCGACGAAAUCUAUUGGGAACUCGAAACAACGAGCAAAACAUCCGGCUGGCCGCUUUUGAGGAUGGACGACGAGAAUUGUUGGACAGGGAAAUUCAAGGGGCACGUCCAGAAGCUCGUGGAGCAAAGGAAUCCCAAAGGAGAUCCCAGAAUUCUUCCCCAAAUUUCAGAGAUACUCGUCAAGAGGCCCGCGACUCACCCAAAUCUCGAAGGGACUCUUUAGAUUCUCGACGAGAAAUUCGAAAUGCUCGUCAAGAAGCCCGUGAAGUCCGGAAAUACCCAAAAGAAUCACAAGAAUCUCCCCAAAGAAUUAGUAAUACUCAUCAAGAAAACCACGAAGCCCGGGAAUCUCGAAGAGACUCUCGACAAAUUUCCCGAAAUAUUGGAGAUGUUCAUCAAGAAAACCUUGAGACGCAACAAUCCCGAAGAAAAUCGCUAGAUUCUCGACUAGAAAUACGAAAUACGCGUCAAGAAGCCCGGGAUUCCCGAAGAGACUCCCAAGAAUCUCCCCGAAAUCUUGGAAAUACUCGUCACGA